AUGACUUGUCUCAGUCUUUGGAUAAUUGGUCUCAUUUCUAUUAUUAUUAUAAUCUAUUUACUUGUUCAAUAUGUUCUCAAUGAAAAACAAAUACAUCGACUUAAAUAUAUACUAUAUGUUGGUAUUAUUAUGUUCUUAUCAAUAAUACUCAUACCGGUAUUUCUUAUUCGACCACGUAAUCCAUUAAAUAUACGUUUAGGUGCACGAAUUAUGAAUCCAAUAUUUAAUUUAUUUGGUAUAAAAUAUCGAAUUGAAAAUGGUGAAAUAUUAAAUAAACUUGGACCUUGUGUUAUUGUUGCAAAUCAUCAAUCAUCUAUAGAUUUUAUUGGAAUGAUGCAACUUUGGUCUGAAUAUGUUCGAUAUUGUACAAUUUUAGCUAAAAAAGAAUUAUUUUGGGCUUUACCAUUUGGUUUUACAGCAUGGUUAGCCGGUGUUGAAUAUGUUGAUAGAAAAAAUCGUGAACGAUCAAGUGAAACAAUGCGUCUUUUAACUAAGAAAGUACAAGAAAAAUCAUUAAGAUUAUGGGUCUUUCCUGAAGGAACACGAAGUAUGGAUGAAACAUUUCUUCCCUUUAAAUUUGGUGCUUUUCGUCUAGCAAUUGAAGCACAAGUUCCUAUUGUACCGGUUGUUUUUUCAUCUUAUAAAUCACUCUACAAUUCCGAUAAAAAAGAUAAUAUUUAUUAUUGGCGUCGAGGUUGUGUUAUAAUUAAAUGUCUUGAACCAAUUGAUACUAAAGGUAUGACAAUUGAAAAUGAUCUUCAACGAUUAACUGAUAUGACCCGACAACGAAUGAUUGAUGCAUAUGAAAAAAUUCAAACAAUAUAUGAUAAUGAUAAAAAACAUAAUUAA